CAGGAGGAGGGUGCGAGGGAAAAAAAAUGAAGUCAAUUAUACAACGGUCCGGCUUUGCAGAGCUCCCUCCUUUCCUCCUCUACCUCCUCCUCCUCCUCCUCCAUGCUUUACUACAACAGCUGGUGGCUGCGCCCUGGCGCUCCGUAUCCUCCACCGGGCACACCGGCUCCAGUCCGUAGGCAUGUCGGGCGGGGGCUCUGACGGGACGGCGGACAAAACGCCAGAUUGCGCUGCUGAGGAGGAGGGGCCCAGCCAGGCAGGAUGCUUGAUGUCAGCUGUCGAGCUUCCAAGGAAACGAAAGGGAGAUGUCGACGAGAGGUCAGACGCCCACGUACAAUCUUGCAGGCAAAGCCUCGACCUCCACAUGGACGAUGACCUCAGCAGAUCCGAAGGCGAGGAUCAGCAAAUCAAGAUGAAAUGUUUCAGGGAGCCUCACCGGCAGAUUGAAAAGCGGCGGAGGGAUAAGAUGAACAACCUCAUCGACGAGCUCUCAGCCAUGAUCCCCGCCUGCCAGCCCAUGGCCCGGAAACUCGACAAACUCACCGUGCUACGGAAAGCCGUCCAACACCUGAAAGCCCUCAAAGCCGGAUCGAGCGGCGCCUUUUCAGACACCACCUGCAAGCCUUCCAUCCUGCCUCACGACGACCUCAAGCACCUUCUGCUCAGGGCAACAGAUGGUUUCCUGCUAGUUGUAAGUUGCGACCGUGCGAAAAUCCUAUUCAUCUCAGAGUCUGUCUCCAAGAUCCUCAACUCUAGCCCGUUGGAGCUGACUGGGCAGAGCCUGUUCGAUUUCAUCCAUCCCAAAGACAUCAACAAGGUGAAGGAACAGAUGUCAUCUUCGGUGAUGCCUCCCUACCAACGCCUCAUUGACGCAGCAACUGGAGCUCAGAUCCAGUCGGAGCCCCCCGUCCCGACGUCCCACAUGACGACCGGAGCCCGGAGAUCCUUCUUCUGUCGCAUGAAGCACAGCCGGGUCACUGGGAGGCACGAAGACAAGCACUCGCUGCCCGGCGCCUCGAAAAAGAAAGAAACGUACAGAUACUGCACCCUCCACUGCACUGGAUACAUGCGCAGCUGGCCCGGCAGCCAAAUGGACUCGGAGAGCGACGCCGCCGAUAAGGAAACCUCCAGCCUGAACUGCCUGGUGAUGGUGUGCCGCCUCCACACCCACGUCUCCCACCAGCCCCCCAAAGACGUCCACAUCAAAGCCACCCAGUUCAUCACCCGCUGUGCAAUCGACGGCAAGUUCACUUUUGUAGAUCAACAAGCCACAACCGUCAUCGGCUACCUGCCGCAGGAGGUGCUCGGCACGUCGUGCUACGAAUACUUCCACCAGGAUGACCUGCAGCACCUCGCAGAGAAACACAGGCAAGUUCUCCGGAGCAAAGAAAAGCUGGAGACGCAGCACUACCGAUUCAAAACGAAACACGGCUCCUAUGUUUCACUCCAAAGCCAGUGGUCUAGUUUCACCAACCCGUGGACCAAAGAAGUUGAGUUUAUCGUGUCUUUAAACAGGGUCGUCUCGGGGCCCGGUCACACUAAAGACACCGAAGAAGCGGGCAGCUCCAAAGCACUUCAGGAAGAUACGAAUCAGCUCCCUGAAAUUCUGGGCCUCUCGGAUGGCCGGGGCACCAUGAUCUACGCCGGCAGCAUAGGGACACAAAUCGCAAAUGAGCUCGUGGACACCUACAGGGCGAACUCAUCCCCAUCGAGUGGAGCCUCCAGCCCGUUCGGUUCCAUCCAGGAGAAAUUUCCGCAGACCAGCCGGAGUGUGAGUGACCGGCCAGAGGCCGGGACAGUUACGUUACCUCCCACUUUCCAGCUGGAGGGUCUCAAUGCGUCCAGUGGAGAGGAGGGAGCGGGCAGCUCCACGCAGUCCCUGUCCCAGGCCGAGCCAAAGACGGCGGCGGGCGCCAGCGGCGAAACGCCGGAGACUCCAGGUGAGCCGUCCCAGCUGGACCUGGAGGGCAUCGUGGUUCCGGGGCUCAGCAGCUUCAGCAGCGACGAGGCAGCCAUGGCCGUCAUCAUGAGCCUGCUGGAGACCGACGUCAACAUGGGCCAGUCGGGGGACUUCGACGACAUACACUGGCCUUUUUAGAGGGGGGCUCCGGCUCUGAGCCCCUCUCGCUCGCCCUUGUGCCGUUUCUCGCCGUUCGCGGAGAACUCCCUCUCCUUCGUUCUGGGAACUUUGAAGACUCGUCUGCCCAUAUGUAGUCAAGCCUGGUGGACUUGCACCGAGGAGCUUCUACAUGUCGCCCGAGCUAAGCUGGAAUUUUCGAUUUGCAGUAGACGUUGUGACUGGGGAUAAUCCAUUUGUUCCCUCGUCUUUUAAAAAAAAGGAAAAGCGAGGUCAAAAUGCUCCCGGAGCCUGUUUGGAGUCAGAGUCGGAGUCAUCCUCGGUGAGACUUUCGCGUCCCGAGGGGGCCAAACCAAGGCUUUCCAAGGAACAACGGUAUUUGUCCUCAGCUGCCCCUGAGUGACCGACACAUGAAGUAGAACGAGAGUCCUGUUGUGAACAAUGCUGCUACAGCAGGGACUGAAGGCAAUGGCGUUACGUCUGUCAUAUGUUUCCUUACAAGGUUCGCAUUUCCCUUUUUUUUUAAAAUCGUUGAGGAUCCUUAUUUGACUAAACGACACGAAAAGAAAUAGAAAAAAAAAGGACCACCGUCACUGGUCUAGUUACAUUCCAUCCAGGUCAUUUGGCAAAGCAUUGCAAACUAAAAAAGACUGGAUUAAGACGAACAGCAGCUGUUUAUUCUCAUUUUUAUAAACAAAACUCCAUCCGUUACUUGUUAUUGAAGAACCAGACCUGAACCUGACGGGCACAGUGCAACAAAACUAGUGUUAUCACGUGGCUCACUUCUUAAAUAAGCAAAUAUUAAGAAACAUUGUCGAUUUAGUGACCUCAUUCUGGGCUUCACAAUACAAAGGCAAGAUAAACAAUCUCAUUUUCAUGAAGGGGGCUAUUCCUUGCUUCACAUUCUCAUCUAUUCACCAGAGAAAAAGCUGUGAUUUUACAUUUGUGGAGACCUGUGGAUCCCUAGACUCUCAUCACUUCUCACGCCACCGUUAACCGUUUCAUGAAGCCACGACAUGAAUGAAUGUGUGCCUUUUUCAUGCAAAAACCGACAGCUUUCUGCUUCACACUUCCAGGAGCUGGGUUUAUUUUUUUGCUUUUGUAGCUCUUUAAAGUCCCCAUCCAAAUCUCUGCUUCUCUUCUUGCUUUGCGCAGAGCGCAGGCUCCUCGCAGAGUGCCCACUAGCUGACGACGGGUGAUCGGCGUCGGCGCCUUUUAAACCGUGGAACUUUGCCUCUGUUGCCCGAGAGCCGUCGCUGAGUCGGCUGUGACUUUUUCCACUGAAGGUAAAAAAAAUACAAUAAAAAAAAAGGCAUAAUUUUUCUUAGGUGACAGGACUGCUCCUUUUCAAAUCCCUGUAUCUCCAAAGCACCUUUGAUUAUAGUGACUUACUCCAGAAAGGGCUGUCUUUAAAAAAAAGAAAGAAAGAAAUGAAAUUUUGUCAGAGUUCAAAUGUCAUUUCCUGCCUGAAAAAACAAAACAAAACAUGCAUGCAAGCGCUUCAGAACAUAUGUUGUUUGCUCUUUGAUCCAGCAGAGGAUGCUCCAGUAGUAGAUGAAGAUAAUGCAUGCCCUGGUAACCCCCGAGUGAAAUAAGCCGGUGACUGCUUAGUAUCUGAAAUAUCUGGAUGAUUUUUCUCCUAAACAAGUUCUGAUUUGAAACAAACAAGCUCGAUGGACUUCCACUGAAGUUUGCAAAUGCAGCAUGUGUAAACGAGACAUUAUUUGAGAGCGUUUUAAUUCAAAUUUGCCCGAAAUUGAGUUUUGAAAAACCCCUUUUUCUCUACUGGGUCAGUUAAUCGGAUGAUCCAGGUGCAUUAUUUUAAAGGAAAAGGAACAAUGAGAACACAGAAGAGUCCCAACCUCUUGAUCAAGUCUAGCUAACUGUCUCUCAUUAGGUUUUUGAGUUGACAAACCACGUUUCAGGCACCCUAAACGGCAUCAAGUCUUAAUAUCCCUUAAAUAGACAUUUACCGAAGAAGAAAAUUGAUUUUUUUGUACAUGUUACAAAUUAACGCCGCCAUCAGCGAAAGUUAUUGCUAACAACAGCCACAAGGGAAUGUGUUUCAAGCCUUUACUUCAGGACUUAUUUUUAUAUGACAAAUACUUGAAUAUUGACUCUUGUUUACCCUGUCAGUCCAGGCUGUUUAACAAAAAAAAGAAAAAGAAAAAAAGACAU